AUGUACCACUCCGGUGAACACGUGGGCGCGCGGAAGCCGAGGACCGCAAUUGUGUUGCGCACUACGGAGACGUUCAACUGGGCGGGCGAUAUAGUGCCUUUUAUCCGGUCUAUGAUCGUCGAGCUUUCUUUGGAGACGGGAGGGUUGUAUGAGAUUUUUAUCCUGGUCCAUGUCAAGGACCUGUCUCAACAUAUCUUCCUCGAGCCCGAAGCCUACAACCGUGUCCUCCUCAAGCAUGUUCCCCAGGAGUUCCAGAACAUGGCGUAUCUCUGGAACGUGAAUCUUCUGAGGGAGUGGUAUCCAGCCGUAAAGGAGCACAGUUUUAUCCACCAGGCAUACCAAGCACUGCAACUAUUUUCCACCCGAAUCAUUCCGGAAUUUGACUACUUCUGGCAGUUUGAAAUGGACUUCCGAACCAGCUCGCCACACCUCCAAAAUCUAGAACGUCUAGCAGCAUGGGCCAGAGACCAACCCAGACUGCACAUCCACAACAUGAACGCAGCAUGGUACAUGCCGAGCGUGCAAGGGUCAUGGGGCAACCUGUACCGGCUAAUGAACGAGACGCUAUGGGACGACAAGCUGGCGGGCGAAGUAGCGGAGCACGGCGCCGAAUGGGGGGUAGGGGAAGAAGCGGACCUGAUAACGCUGGCGCCGAUCAUCGACGUGCGGACAACAAAGUGGCUAUGGAAAGGCAUGCUGCACAACGACCCGUACAAGACAAAAGAAAAGAACCUGCCGCACCUCGCGGCGCCCGUCUCCAUGACGCGCACCUCGAAGCGCCUCCUCGCCGAAGUGCACGCCCUGCAGCUCGAGCACGGCUUCUGGAUGGCGUCGGAGGCGACCAUGGAGACGGUCGCGUUCCGCAAGGGCCUGAAAGCCGUGCACGCCCAGCACCCGGUCUACUACAACGGCAGCGAGGCCGACGCCAAGCUCGACGACGUCUUCAAUACUGGCCCGCCGGAGAAUAUGGGCGGCGGUGCCAAGAGCCAGUAUAAUUGGGAGGGCGCCGACCAUCGCGUCCUCGAGAAGCUGACGUGGUGGUGGCCCCGCGAGGGCUACGACCACUUCUCCCAGCAUGUGUGGGGCGAUUUUCUGAUGCGCGGCAAGUGCGUCCCUGCGGGCAUGUUCCAUCCGUUUAAGUGGGAGAAGUUCUCGCCGCCGCCGUUGUGA